AGGUUGAAUGCAAUUACCGAAGUGAAGUGAAGUCAGACGUAUAUCAAUAGAUUGACAAAAUUACGCAAAGAAAAACAUGAUUGACAGAAACCGAUAACCGUCCAAGGUCCAUAGAAUUUUUUUUCAUCGUAUAAGAUUUUACUUUGUUGAUCUUAAUAAUAUAAAUUAUAAAUUAUUCUUUGAAAUAACGAUGCUUCGAUUGUAAACUGGAAAAGCUUCCCGAAAAUUCCAUCGUCUUCUUGGUUAUUCUUCCGCUCGAAUUGUGCUAAACUGCAAAACGUUCAAUUUUGUCAAAUAUAAGUGCUUGAGAAAAAAGAUUUACAAGCACUUGGAAAAAGAACUGUGUAUAUUUGUUAAAUUUUAGUUAGAUAUUUUCAGCCUUAAACAUUGUUUUGUAUACGUAUCGUGUUGUUUUUUUUUUGUUUUUAUUUUUUACGCAGUAAAAAUCGAUCGAUCGUCUGUUGUUGGUUAUAACUUGAUUCUACGCGCCACUUGAUUCUAAUCAACGAUCUUUGCUUUUCCUUUUUUGUUUUUAUAUAUAUCGAAAUUUGAAACGUUUAUUGCCAACAAAAUUAUAUUUAAGGCAGACGAUGUGACUUUUGUAAAUCAGUGAAUACGUGACUCGAGUGAGCCCGCUGUGCUUGUGUUCUUUCCUAAUAUAGUUGGAUAUUUAUUUCUACUUAUUUCUUUAAUAUUUUUCUAAUAUUAAAGAAAAUAUAUAUUUGAAGUGUCUUCUUGUUGACUAAGUGGCUCUUUAAAUCUUCAAAUUCGAAAUUUCAGAUUUGAAAUUUUAAUAACUUUUAUUCUAAAAUAUAACAGUGUUAUUGUUUGGUAUGGUAAUUCAAAAACUAAAAUUAUUGAUAGUGCUUGUUAGAUUACAAUUUCAUCGCCUCUAAGAAUAUCUCUAAGUAUAUAGAUUUGUUAUAACAAAUUCUGUGCCACGCAUCAAUCAAAGCAUUAAACAUGGAAUUCCCUUUAUGGAAUAAGUUCUUUAUUUUUGCUGAUAUUAUAAUGAGAGUACCACCUUUGUUCAUCAUCGAUGGAUUACUUCGAAUUCGUCUUGGAUUACCAGAUGAAACUGUUGUACUAAAUAGUACAGACAAUGACUUCAAAAUUGACAGUGUAUUGAAUACUUUCGCUGAAUCUUUUCCAUUGGUUGGUCCAGAAUCUUUUUUAUUUGAAUACUUUAACUUCGAACAAGAUGGUUACCAAAUGUUUAUUGUGAUAAUGUUGAAAUUUAUAAUAUGCUGUUUAGGAUGUAUAGCGGCUUUGUGCACAUUUAUGUUAUGGACGAAACAUCUUAUAAUUGUGUACUUAUAUAUGAUAUCUAUAGGAGUAAUAUUUAUAUCCUAUUGGUCUAAUGUUAGUACUAUCAAAGCUGUUAUAGCAUAUGUGAGCAAGCCUGAUUAUACAACCAGUAUAUUGGAUGAUAUAUUACAUUUGAAUCUGACUUCUAUUAUCAAGGAAGGAACAGGAUCUCUGCUUUUUCAAAACUAUAUAUUACAGUGUUUGUUGGCUACCAUUUUUUGUUAUAUACACUUUGCUCCAAGAUAUUUAAUUCUUCAGAAAUUGCUGGUAAUGAGUUUUAUGACACCAUCACUUCUGGCUAUCCAUCCAUUACCUACAUCGAUUCUUUAUAAUGCGCCAGUUUUUGCAACACUGCUUCCAUUAGCUGUUUGUAAAUUUAUUAUUUGGUACAAUGGCGUUUUAAUUCUGAAAACCAUUUAUAUGGGAUAUGCUCACGCACGCAAUUUUAUAAGUAAUUAUGGUCUAUCUGCUCUUGUAGAGACAGAAUGGUUUCGUCUAAACGUACCAUGCGUAUUACGUACGUUUUGGUUGUUGAGAAUAGGAGAACAAGUUAUACAAAUUUUGGGGAAUCAUUAUGGAGACGAAAAUUUCUCAUAUUAUGAUAUGCUCAGAACCUUAUUGGUAAAUGGAUGUGAGACUUUGACUGCAGUGUUAGGGAUGACUAGUAUAAUUUCACUUAUUUGCCAUUAUAUUGGUUGUUUCUUCCAAUGGGUAUUAUUGACUGAAGAUGGAGAUGAAAAAAGCAUCGGCACGAUAUCCGCUAUAUUAUUCUACAUAUUAGCACUUCAAACUGGAUUGACAAGCUUAGAUAGAGAAAAUCGAUUAGUCAAAUUAUGUAGAAAUUUUUGCUUACUAUUUACUGCAGUAUUACAUUUUGUACAUAACAUUGUAAAUCCACUCUUAAUGUCUCUUAGUGCCUCACAUAAUCCAGCACUGCAUAGGCAUCUGCGUGCUCUUGCAGUUUGCGCCUUCCUUAUAUUCUUUCCAGUUUCUCUAUUGGUAUUUCUUUGGUCACAAUUUAGUGUGAGCACAUGGUUAUUAGCUGUGUCUGUUUUCAGUGUUGAGGUAAUAGUCAAGGUAGUGGUAUCUUUGGCUAUAUAUAUCUUAUUUCUCAUUGAUGCAUAUCGCACUGCAUUUUGGGAAGAGCUAGAUGAUUGCGUAUAUAUUAUAAGAUCUUUUGGCAAUAUCAUAGAAUUUGCCUUUGGUAUUAUAUUACUCUUCAAUGGUUUUUGGAUAUUAAUCUUUGAAGCUGGCGGUACUAUUCGUGCUAUUAUGAUAUGCAUUCACGCAUACUUCAAUAUUUGGUGUGAAGUCAAAGCUGGGUGGCUAGUUUUUAUGAAGAGACGAACUGCAGUCAACAAAAUUAAUUCUUUAGCCGAAGCGAAGUUUGAACAGCUACGAUCUCUCAAUGACGUAUGUGCCAUAUGUUAUCAAGAAAUGCAGGCUGCAAAGAUAACACGCUGCAAUCAUUACUUCCACGGCGUAUGCCUACGAAAAUGGCUCUACGUACAAGAUCGAUGUCCACUUUGUCACGAUGUCGUUUAUAAACCUCAAAAUAAAGAGGAAUGUUCUACGGAUUCGCUGUCACCAGAAUAAAAGAAAAACAAAUAAAUAAAUAAAAGGACGGGGAUAACGAAGUCUUCCAAAAAGGAGAUCAGGAUGAGUUGGAGCAAUUUUAAGAAAGACCCGUCAUUGGAAGAGAUAAUAGACAAAACUCUUCAAUGGGGAUAAUUACUAUGACACAGCUUCAUUGUGAUAUUCUUUAUACUAAUAAAUAUUGCGAAUUUAAGGAGGCUUAAAUUGUGCGACAUCGAUCUGUAAAAUAUCAUUUGAUUAUUUUCUUUCUUAUAAUAUAUUACGUUAAUAUUAUGUAGAAAAAAUAUGAGGCUCGAUAAUAGGAUUUAAUCCAUUCUUCCUUAAAUUUACUUUACGCUAUUGUAUGCGUUCGUUAUCAAACAAUAUAAUUAAAGAAACUUAACAAGUGGUGUAAUUGACUACAACAUAUUAAUAAUGUAAUUAUCUAUGAAUUAGAUUUAUAUUAAUCUCUCUCUCUUCCUUUCUCUUUCUCUUUCUCUUUUUCACUACAUUAUAUCUUAUUUUUUUUAUAUACAAUUAUAAUUAGAUUAACAUAAAAAUCUCUAUUCGUAUCUACUGUUAUAAUACAGUUGAAAGCUUGAAAAAAAAAUAAAUUUAUAUUCAUAUCAGAUUUAGAAAUAUUUUAAGUAUAUAUACAUAUAUCUCUUUCGUACCUGGCAUAUCUUAUUGCCGAGAAUGAUGUCUGCACAAAGAUUCGAAGCCUAAUCUUAAGCUUAUGUACAUACGCUUUACGUGUAUAUAUGCAUGUAUACAUUGAGAUCGUUAAGUUAAACAUGAGUAUAACAUUGUUUUAUCCCGAAUAUUUUACAUAUCAUGUAUGCUAUUUGAUUAUUUCGUAUAUACUUUUCCACUUGAUUCUUUUCUUAUUAAUAAGUGACAUAGGUACAUACUUUUAUUUAUCAUUAGAUUUCUGAACUUUAUAGAAUAUUCAUGUGAAAUUCAUUUAUCACAAAUUCAUAUUAAUUUUUGUUUUGUUUUGUUUUGUUUUGUUUUGUAAUUAAUUAAUGUAAAUAUAAAUGUAGACGAAUCAGAAAAAUAUUGAUUAACAUGAGUGAAAACGACGUAAAAUAUGUUAUAAAAGGCAAAUUUGAAAGUGUAUAAUAAUUGUCAAGUGUUAGGUCAAUUUGUAUAUACAUAUAUGAACACUAUAAAUUUUCUUUAAGCUCAGUAAUCUAAAUUAAAUAAAUUGUAUGUGUGUAUAGAUAAAAAGAUUAGUUGAGUUAAAUCCAUUCGAUCAAUCAAUACUCUUUAUGGAACAUUUGAAUUUCAUUAAUUAAUACAAAAAAAAAAGAGCAAAGAGAUAAGGAUCUAUCUACAAAAUAAAAAAUAAAAAAAAAAUAAAUAAAGGCAUGAUGUAAUAAAAUUCAAAGUGUAGUAAUAGGUGAUAAAUAGCAUGCAAGAGGGGAUAUGUUUUCAUAAAAUCGUAAUAGUAUAACAUUUAUCCGUCUUACGGAAAUGAAAAUAAUGCGAUGAUCUGCUUAAAAUAAUGAAUAAAGUAAACAUCAUGUGUAUGUAAUGUAUCGAUAUUAAUAAUGUUUAUUGUUAAAAAAGAAAAAAAAUCAUAACAAUAUUCUGUUUGUGGGUAUACAUGGAGAAGAAAAAGAGAUCAUUAAAACAUUCUAUUUUUUAA